AUGCACAAUGCUUCUUUUUAUACCACUAAGACAUCAGUCCUUCACUACAGUAUAUUCAAGGCCUUAACAGCGGUCUAUUCCGACACGAUCAUCACAAAUAUCAAGCGGCCUCACAAGGAGAGGCGUACAAACAAGGUACAGAUAGUAACCUUGGUCAUCCACUCCCAACGGAUCACCUUAUCGUUGGUCGAGUAUCACGGGCCUAUUGCGCAGCGGGCAUGGAACGCCACCUUACAAACUACUCACACAUCGGGCAUUGAGCUCCUAGUCUUUCCUGGCCGGAAGGAGACUAACGGAGAAACACAAGAGUAG